GUCGAAAAUAUUCCUGUCACAGUCAAGCUGCUGAUCACUCUGACGAAUCUAACUUAUUCUUGUUUCAUCUGCGUGAAAGUGUUGUGACAGGUCUAGCAUUAAAUUAGCGAAUAGUUUAUUUUUAUUUUCAACUGUAAAAGAAAUAUAUCGACGCAAGCAAUGAUAGAAUUGAUCAAGAUUUCUUUUGAAAAUAUCUAAAACGUACUAAAACUAGAAUCUUAAAGGUAUCGGAUAUAGUUAAUUUUGUACAUGCAAAAGGAAAAUUAUGAUGCAAUCUACUGUUAGUUGUUAUGAGUGCGCUAAAGAAGACUGCGAUCUUCCUGACGAACGAUUGCGAUUGUGCAAGACUGAAAUUAAUUGCUGGAAAUAUUCCCACCGAGCAUUCGAGGAUGAGAUACAAUAUUCUCGUGGAUGCAUCCGCAGCUUCACGCAGUACGAAUUAAUGUGCAAUAAUACCGAGCAGGAUAACACCAGACAUCAUUAUCAAUGUUGUCUAGGAGAAUUUUGUAACAAUGGCGAUUUUCCGUUACUAGAAAAGUAUGGUGAUGGUGUCGGCGCAUUAACCAUAGUUCUUAUAGGACUAACAUUGUUUUUCCUAAGUAUUUGUGCUAUAACGGCUUACCGUACCAAACCGAAUAAGAACAAUGCAUCUUCAGCGCAUUCUAGACGACGGCACGCAACAGUAAUGUUUACAGCCAAGUCCAACUCUGACUCAAUAGACACUGACUUUCCUUCUGUCGACGAUAGCUCAAAUCAGGAAUACUCCAAUGAUCCAAGUAUAGGGAAUGGGUCCGGGUUUGGUACUUCCGUAUCAAUACAAAAUAAUUUACCAAAGUAUAUAUCUCUAGUCAAAAGCUUGAACAAUAGUAAAUAUGGUCCGGAGCAAUCGUUACUGUAUCUCGGAUGUAGGCAGGACGAAUGUGUGAUCGUAAAAACGUACCCGAGGAUUGCAGAAACUAGAUGGAUCCGCGAAAUUGAGAUUUACACAAAACUAUUACAUUUCAAACAUGAUAACAUACUUCAAUAUAUUGCUAGUGAUAAAAGUGGCCCACAACUAUGGAUUGUUACGCAUUGCCCGUCGAGCGGCACACUUAUUAAUUACCUCAAGGAGGUACCUUUAACUGAACACGGAAUGUUCCAAGCAUGUAAAAGUUUGACUGACGGAUUGUCGUACUUGCACAAAGAAAUAAAAGGUAAAAAAGGUAAAGGGGCAAUGGCGCAUCGAAAUCUCAGUGCGGAAAACGUAUUCGUUGAGAAAAAUACAGUGUGUGUAAUUGGCGGCUUUGAAUACGCUGCAACGAAUGAUUGGAUCGCUGAAUUUGACUUUCUUGAACAUGCCUAUAAACGGUAUAUGAGUCCUGAAUUGCUUCGUCCAGACUUUCACGAUGAAAUUUGGAGUUUAACAAGUUUUCAACAAGCCGACAUCUACAGCUUGAGCCUUAUAUUCUGGGAGAUAUGUCGCAUGUACGAUACAGAAAGUGAUAGUGUUAUCUAUGUAGCUCCGUUUUCCGAAUGGCUUACUAAUUAUUCACGAGAGCCCACAAUUCAGGAGAUGCGCGAAUUGAUUGCCGAUGAUCGAAAACCUGGAAUUCCUGAUCAUUGGCAAAAGGACCCGAUAAUGAAUUCGUUGAAAAGUAUGAUUGAAGCCUGCUGGGACACGAACGUAUCAGAACGUUGGUCGCUUGAACGAAUCAAAAAGAUGCUUUUGACACUUACAAGAUGAUAAUUUUUUAAUUUACUUUGACGAUAAUCUCAUUGAAAAAUAGUUCAUACCUGUAAAAAUUAUUUUUGAUUCGAAACGACUAUUCCAAAACACAUUUCUUUAAUUUCUAAUAUUUAUUCAAUAAACCUUUAACCCUAUAACCUAUUAUCUUAUAACA